AUGCAAAGUAAUGGUGCUACGAAAUCUGAAAGUUGUUUGCAAACCGCUGAAUCUGACGUGUUGCAUCAACCAAAGCGUCAAUCAUGUCCGGAAGAGUUGGAAUACGAAACAGAAAACAAGAAUGCGAAAUCGGCGUGGACAGCCAACUCAAAUUUGCCUAAAACACAGACAGUGCACAAUGUGAGUAAAAUAAGCGUACCUUCAACGGGUGACAAAGAUUGUGACGUACCGAAAAAUCUCAAUUUGAAAACUCAGCUCUCCUCUGGAUUGUUAAAGCUCAAUAUCAGAAGUUUUUAUUCCGGUAUGGACAAGCAUACACAGUCGACACAAAACACAACAACCACAAAUAACACUUCAAUGAAAUUUGCCAAAAGGUGGACGUGGUUAAUGAAAAAAUAUCGAAAUCAUAAAAUGCAAACGUCAGAUUCAAAAUCUACGCUCAACUUACAUCAAACAGCCGUGAUAGGCGGAAGGCUUGCAACAGAGAGUAUUUGCGGUAAUUCUUUCCUGAACCAUCAAAAUCAAACCAUCAUUCAAAGAAAAGCAUCCUUUCCCGAGGUCGCUCGUUCACGAGCCUCCUUCGACUGGGCUAAUCGUCAUGCACAAGAUGAACAAAGUCGCCCGGAUGUUGGUUCACUUGGGUCAAAGACAAACACGGCAUUUGACGGUUUCGAUAGACUACAUGCUGUCGUUGAUGCGUCACAAGGACGGGGAAAAUCGCACAGUCCAGAAAUGCGGCUAGUAGACGAUCAGAAGCACCGGCAACAACUGAGACGUGGAACCUCAUUACGUUUUACACAUUUCUCUGCCCUUCGGGAGGACAAAAACCAUCUCAAGCCCACAAAUCACAGCCCCUCAGACCGCGCAGAGAAAACGCCAGAACGUGAAGCGGAUGGGACUUGGAAUAAAGGGGUCUCGGAAAGACGUCGGAAAAUGAAAAUAACCGCGGAAAUGCGGGACAAACUGUUCCAUAAAACUGGUAGUUCAAAUACAAUUCCGAACCAUCAAUCAAUGAAUCCAAAUCAGAACAGCUAUCGAAUUGUUUUACAGAAGAUUUUUGGUUCAAACAAACCCAAUUUUGCCGAGGUUGAGCGUUGGGGACAAUCGUUUUCCAAUAUACUCUACGAUAAAGCCGGUAUCCUAUUGUUCCGUGAAUUUCUCCGCACUGAGUUCAGUGACGAGAACAUUGAAUUUUGGCUAACUUGUGAAGAUUUCCGCAACCGAUGUGGUUCAAAGAAGUUGCAAAGCAAGGCACAGAAAAUCUUCAAUGAGUUCGUCGCCGUUCAAUCCAAGCGCGAGGUCAAUUUGGAUUCAACUACAAGAAUUCAGUUAGAAAAAGAACUGGACUCUGUCACACGGAAUACUUUUGACCAAUCACAGAAGAGAAUUCAAGCACUGAUGGAAAAGGAUUCCUACUGUCGAUUUCUACGAUCCGAUUUGUACACGGCUGCACUGGAUUACUGUCGCGAACUUUCUGGUGCUCGAGUGAACCCAGCUGCUGAGCAAAGCACAGAACCAGGCACAGAUCCUCGUGUAAAUCACUUUUCUUUGCUUAAAGCACAAGUAUCCGCCCGGUACAGACCUGAAUCCACCAUAUCUGGUCUGUUGCCAAAUGUGAAAUCAUGCAAAGAGAUAGCCUCAACAUCCAAUCAGCAUGAAACUGGCAGUAUAUCAGCACCGUCUUCACCUAAACCAUCUCCGAAAGAUCAAUUGUUAUCCACAUGUGUUCUGGAGAAUGAAAAUGUCUGA